AUGACGGACCGGAAAACUUGGGUGUACGAGGAGACUUGGCUAGUAGAUUUUGCUACAAAGCUUUUUCCUUUUUUUUUUGUCGUCUUUUUUUUUCUCUUCCCUCCUCUCUCCCCCCCUUCCUCAGAUCUCACCAACUACCCGAACGCCACCCUUGGCCGGAUUAUCGCUAUCCUGCCCAUCCCUCGGAGAAAUCGCCAGGUGACAGAUCGUAUCUCAACGAUUCCUGCUUUUUAUCCGCGGUGGCUUGAUGAUCGGGCCUGGAAUAGUGGCCCGAUUUCAUGGACCGGGGUGUUCAAGCCGCUUGCGCAAAAAGGCGCAAGACCGCAGCGGACGACGUCAGAGCUUCUCGAAGGUGAGAGCUGGCGAUCAGGGUUCUCGGGGCUUGCUGGUUUUGCUUUUUCGUCUGAUUCGGGCUAUACAAGGGCGUCCGAAGGUGGCUGUGACCAUUAUUACUUCUGCGAUUUUUCGGGUCCUGUCUGGGCCCCGGCUUGUAGCAAAGUAUUGUUAGGUAUAGCUACAUGUUACACAGGAAAAAAGAAAAGAACACAUUGGUACCCUAACCCUAUAGAUACCAGCCAGUCUGUACAACGAUUAAACAGCAGGUGUAGUAUAGGUAGUAAUUAA